AAUUCAACUUUCACUUUCGAUAUCUUUAGGGAAAAUUGAGUCCGUCUAAUGUUUAGAUCAGAUCUUAAGAAUCAAAGUUUAUAUUAAAGUGUCCUUGUAACGUGAAAACAUUUAUAAUCGAGAGCGGAUCGGAUCCGUGUUUCCAGACUUCCUCCCGUCGGUCCUCCGGGUCUCUGAACCGCAGAAACAAACAUGUUGGGAGAAGCGGAGCCUCAGUGGGUUUCUGAGGAGGUGAAAACUGGAACAACCAUCAUAGCCAUUGAGUUUGAUGGGGGAGUCGUUCUGGGCUCUGAUUCCAGAGUGUCUGCAGGGGCCUCGGUGGUCAACAGGGUGAUGAACAAACUGUCCCCCCUCCAUGAUAAGAUCUACUGUGCUCUGUCAGGAUCUGCAGCAGAUGCUCAGACCAUCGCUGAGAUGGUCAACUACCAGCUCGAUGUCCACAGCAUAGAGAUAGAUGAGGACCCUCAGGUUCGCUCAGCUGCCACUCUGGUGAAAAACAUCUCCUACAAGUACAAGGAGGAGCUGUCGGCACAUCUAAUAGUCGCUGGCUGGGACAGAAGGGAAGGAGGACAGGUGUUUGCCACCCUCAGUGGACUUCUGACCAGACAGCCUUUUGCCAUUGGAGGCUCAGGAAGCUCCUAUGUUUACGGGUUUGUUGAUGCUGAGUAUCGCAGAGGAAUGACCAAGGAGGAGUGCCAGAAGUUUGUGGUCAACACUCUUGCAUUGGCCAUGAACCGUGACGGCUCCAGUGGCGGCGUAGCCUACAUGGUCACCAUCGAUGAGCACAGCACAGAGGAGAAGGUCGUUCUCGGAAAUGACCUACCGACCUUUUUUGAUCAGUGACCUUAGUUUUUCACUUGCACCAUCUGUGGAGUUUGUUUGGGUCAUCUGUUAACAACUCUGCACUGAACUAGGCCUUUAACAUUAAAAAGAAACAGAAACUAGCUGAUGUUUUCACAAAUAAAUAAAACCCUGUUAGGCUCAG